AUGACUGGUGGACAAACUUCGCGGGGAGACGGCGCCAGAGAACACGAAAGCCUAUUGUCUUCAUCUCGCCCACGCACAGCCAUUGGAGUUGCUCCCUCAGCCUGUGCGCAUCCUGACUGCAUCCUACCCUGUCAUAUUCGUCCGGAGAAUAAAACGAACGAUGAUGUAUCCGGUUCUCAAGCUCCGCUCCUCCAACGCACUCCGCCAACCGGUCCCGAACCACCCAGCCCCCAACGCAGCAACAAGGGGAGCCGUGUGCAAUCAUGGCGCCGCAAGCUCUGGCAAUCCUGGCUCAUGAGCAAGGGGAUGCUCAUGGUAAUGCUGGCUCAGUUCUUCGGCGCGUCGAUGAACGUCAUGACCCGCACUCUUCAAUUGGAUGGGAGUCAUGGGAAAGGAAUGCAUCCAUUUCAGAUCCUCUUCGCGCGCAUGGGCAUCACCGUCCUCCUCAGCCUGCUCUACAUGCUCUACGCCCGCGUCCCACACCCCUUUGGCAUCCGCUCUAUCCGGCCCCUCCUCUUCCUCCGCGGCAUCAGCGGCUUCUUCGGCGUCUUCGGCCUGUACAGCUCGCUGCUCCACCUCGCCCUCUCGGAAGCCACCGUGCUCACUUUCCUAGCCCCCAUCGGCUGCUGCUACGUCUGCUCGCUAACCAUGCCCAACGAGACCUUCACGCGCAGACAGCAGGUGGCGGCGCUAGCGUCGCUGCUGGGCGUUGUGCUAAUUGCACGGCCAGCGUCGUUGUUUCGUGGCUCUUCGCACGUAUCCGCAUCGUCUUCUUCAUGGUCAUCGACGGACGUUGAAGCGAGCCCAGCAGGCUCAGCAGACGACGCCUACUACAAACGCACCCUCGGCAUUCUCGCCGCGCUCCUAGGCGUCGUCGGUGCGACGGCCGCGUACACCUCCAUCCGCGUCAUCGGCAAGCGCGCCCACCCGCUCGUCAGCGUCACGUAUUUCAGCGGCCUAACCACGAUCAUCUCGCUGCUGGCCGUCGCGCUGAUACCCGGCAUCAGCUUCCGCCUUCCCGGCAACAUGGCGGAGCUUCUGCUCCUGCUGGGCCUUGGGGCGUGCGGGUUUCUGUUGCAAUUUUUGCUAACGGCGGGGUUGUCGUACGUGCCUCCCGCGUCGGCUACGGGAGACGGGGAGAAGGAGGUUGGAGGCUUUUUGGGCGUGGGUGCGGGUGCGGGUGUGGAUAUAGCUGCGGACGUAGAGCAGGAGGGGACGGUGGGGGGCCAGGUCGGCGAGGUAGUGAGUGAUGAAAGGGUGCGGGGGGGAGGAGGGCGGCGGCGGGAUGAAGAAGUGAAGAAAGAAGAUAUUGCGAAGCCGUCCACGCACGGCUCCAAGGCGACAACCAUGGUGUAUACGCAGAUGCUCUUUGCGGUGUUGUAUGAUAAGGUGGUGUUCAAUGCGACGCUGUCGCCGGUUAGCUUGGCUGGGUCGAUGAUCAUUUUGGCGAGUGCGAUGUACGUUGCUUUGGUGAAGGAGCGGAGGAAAGACGUUGGUUCUGGCGCUGGUGCGGAUGAGUACGCUGUUGUUGAGGGUCAGGGGGUGGGAGGAGAAAAUGGGGAUGGGGAUGGGGAUGGGGAAGGCAGUUGGGUUUCACGACAACAGUCCAGACAUGCGCAAUCUUGGAAUAUCGAGGAUGCGAGGUUGGCGGAGGCGGGGGAGGGGACGGGGCUUUUGGCAGGUUAUGUUGAUGAUGAUGAUGACGAUGAUGAUGAUUAUGAUUAUUAUGAUUACGAUUGUAAUUCUGAGAGUGGGAAUGAUAAUGGUGAUGAUGGUUGA